UCUGCCACUCGUUUCCAUUGGAACAGACAAAGGCUCCGAAGGCUGGCGGAGGAUGCCGAGCUCAGGCCGGAAGAUGUCUUAUUUCUAAUGUUUGACAGAUUAAAUAGCAUAUCGCCAUGCAGCAUAGGACUGUUGUGACAUACUGAUGAAGCCGAUAGCGGUUUGCGGGAGGACGCAGGUGUCACGCGGCGAUUGAUAAGAGUAUGUGGGGUUCUGGUUUCGCCUCGUCCCGACCGUGUGUGGUUGAACUCGGGCGGAAUCAAAGCGUGUCCUUGGGGAUAUGUGGUUCCGACCAGCCUCACUCUCUUUAUGGCUAUAUCAUCGCAAUCCCUUUACGGGACUACGGUGGGAUCAUGUCGGGAUUGGAUUCCUGGUGGAAGAAGACCAUCUAUAUCACCGGUGGUGCCCUCCUCGCCGCUGCUGCCUACCUAUUGCACGAGCUGCUCGCCAUCAGGAAGGAGCAGGAGUUGGACUCUAAAGAUGCCAUCAUCCUCCACCAGUUCUCCAGGCCACACACGGGGGUCCCCAGCCUCUCACCAUUCUGCCUCAAGAUGGAGACCUACCUACGCAUGGUUGACCUGCCUUACCAGAACUACUUUGAUGGGAAGCUCUCUCCGCAGGGCAAGAUGCCAUGGAUUGAGUAUAACCGGCAGCAGGUGUCGGGGUCAGAGUUCAUCAUUGACUUCCUGGAAGAGAAGCUGGGCGUCAACCUCAACAAGAACCUCAGUCCCCAGGAAAGAGCCGUGUCCCGGGCUGUCACCAAGAUGGUGGAGGAGCACCUCUACUGGACAAUAGCCUAUUGCCAGUGGGUAGACAACCUGGAGGAGACCCAGAAGAUGCUGUCAGUCACUGGUCCUCUCAGUGACAUGCUAAAGUGGAUCCUCAGCCACCUGAACAGCAGCAUGGUGCAAAGGGAGAUGUACGGCCAUGGCAUCGGACGCUUUUCCAAGGAGGAAGUCUACAAGCUGAUGGAGAAGGACAUGCGCACACUGGCCGAACUGCUCGGAGAUAAGAAGUACUUCAUGGGACCUAAAAUGUCGACAGUAGACGCUGCUGUGUUUGGUCACCUGGCCCAGGCCAUGUGGACACUACCCGGCACACAACCUGAACAGCUCAUCAAAGGCGAGCUCGUCAACUUGGCCAUGUUCUGUGAGCGCAUGCGGAGAAAGUUCUGGCCUGAGUGGUUUGUGGACAUAGAGGACCUGUACUAUGACGGAGCAGACACUGACAGCAGCGAGGGCUCUCCUACAUGCCUGAUGGACUUUGGCCUGUUCUCCCGGACAGACACCAUGGAGGAGAGUGAAGCCUCUGACAAACACACACACUCACACACUCACUCCCCCGAUACGGACCACUCGCUGUUCGACUCAGACGUGGGCACGGGCUCGGAGAACGAGCCGCGGCUCAAGUGUGACCCUCCUAGUCCUGACCCUCCUAAUUCUGCCCCUUCCAGCCCCAGUCCCAACCUUUGACCCACCCUCAUCCAGGGAGGUGGGGUGGCUUUGGCUGAGGCGGUCAGACGGCCGGAACUUCAAACUAAUCAGGGCGCUGCUAUCUGGAUUGGCAUCAUAGAGCUGCGGAACACGGAGGCAACAGUUCUCGCUUCUGCUGCUGCCUCUCCCUCUCUUUCAGAGAUCUGUGCUCGCACAUGGAGGCACAGUUCUCGCUUCUGCUGCUGCCUCUCCCUCUCUUUCAGAGAUCUGUGCUCGCACAUGGAGGCCACAGUUAUAUUCCAUGACGACUGAAAACUAUAUCCUAACAAUGUAAUGUCAGUGCGCUCAGAGAAACUGGGUAUUUAUAUGCAGUGCGUAUAAGUCGAACCCCAUGUUACGUGCGUUACAUUAUGAUUUCCUCACCCCUAGUGAUGGUGACAUUGCCAAUGUGUCACAAUCACAGACAUUGCCUUAUUUGUGUCAGUUGUCCCAGGGUACAGACUUGUGUGAAACAUUAUGAGAGAGAUUGUUGGUGGAACCAGUUAGUGGUGUGUCUGUCCAUGGAAUACAGACAACAGGGCUGUCUCUUAGAAAUGUAGCCAGUGAAAGAGAGACCAAGAUGAUGGUAGCAGAAACAUGAAAUCACUGGAUUUUAGAGAACAGGGGUCAGUCAUUUGCUAAGACUUGGACACAUAUUGUCAAGUGAUAUAUAUAAAGAGUCUGCUUACUAUGGCGGCUGCUCUAGUCUGUCUUACUAACGGUGGGCUAUUCUACUAGUAGUCCUAUGGUUUGUGGCUUGCUGCUGAGCAUCAGCCAUAAUCACUGGCCUUUCCAUCAACUCUGUGUCUAACUUCACUCUAGUAAAGGAGAUUGGGAUACGCAAAAGGAACAGGAGAUGUAACACUCUUGUCCGAGUACACUUACCAGUACAGGCUGGUUGUAGAGCCGACUCUUGUAUCUCACCACUAGAGGGUGCUCUAUUUAUACAUUCAUCCUGCUGUCUAUUUAGCUCUACGGUCUCGAGUCCUGCAGUUUUUGCCACUUGGAAUGUUAAAGGCCCAGUGUAGUCAAAACGUGAUAUUCCUGUGUUUUAUACAGUUGAAGUUGGAAGUUUACAUACACU